UGCGUGCACACCGAGGGUGCAGACCCUCCUUUUCUUGCCUCCCUUUACGAGGGGAUCGCGACAGUGCGUGUCGUGUCCCCUGCCCCCCGGUGGGGCCGGGGACCCGGACAGCCUCACGGUGGGUGGCGGAUCGGGUCCUUUUGCGGAGGGGCGGGCGCGGAACUCGCCGCGCUCCGGGCGGAGCCGCCGCGCUCGGGAGCCACCGGGCGGCCGCGCCCCGUUACUGCGGUCCGGGAUCCCCGGGCGCGGGAGCGGUGUGUCCGGUGCGGGCCCCACCGCAGGGCCCGGGGCGGGAAGCGGUGCGAGAGGGUGGGGUGUGCGUGUGUGUGAGUGUCCCCGGGGGGAAGGCCGGUCGCGGGAACCGGCCCCGCUCCUCGCUCCCGGUGUGUGUGUGUCUCCCCCGCCCCGUCCAGGCCCGGCGCAUGCGCACCCAGUUUAAAGGUAACCGGGGGCCACCGCGCGGCCCCGGCCUCGACCCACCCCCGGUACCGGCCCCGCACCCUCCUUUCCUCCCCCCCCCGGCGUGGUCCGCGGCUCGGCCCCUCCCUUGCCCCGCACCGGGUGGGGGCUCAGGGGUCUGUCCGAGUCCCACCGCCCGGGCUGGGGGAUGCGCUGCGCUGAUGGCACCGGGGCCCCGCCGCAACCCCCGGGACCACGCAGCCGGUGUGGCCUCGGCGGGCGGUAACGGGGCGGUGCGGAGCAGCGGGCCCCGGCCAUGAGGUCUACCGCCUUCCGGGCGGGGCGGGAGGAGGAGGAGGAAGAGGAGGAGGAGGAGAAGGAGGGGGAGGAGGGCUCCGCACCGCACCGCCUGCCGCCCCGCCGGCCCCGGGAGCCGCCGCCGCCGCCGCUGGGGGCACACAAGGGCCGCGGCGGCGGGGUGGCGGCGGCGGCGGAGCAGCAGCAGCAGCCGCCGCAGCAGCAGCAGUCGCAGCAGCGCUGGGCCGGGCCGGUGCCGCUGGCCGGUGGCAGGCAGGCCGCCGCGGGGGAUGCGGGCGCCCGGCCGCGCUGCCAGGCCGUGCUGCCCGGGCGCGGCGCCGGGGAGGGCGCGGCGGGGCCGGGGCCCGGAGCUGGGUCCGUCGAACCGGGGCCUCCGCCGCCGCCGCCCGCCGAGGGCAAGUGGAAGAGCGGAGCGCGGCGCGGCGCGAUGGGGGCCGGCGGCGGGUCGCCGGGGCAGGCGGCAUGUCUGCGGCAGAUCCUGCUGCUGCAGCUGGACCUCAUCGAGCAGCAGCAGCAGCAGCUGCAGGCCAAGGAGCGGCAGAUCGAGGAGCUCAAGGCCGAGCGGGAAACGCUCCUUGCGCGCAUCGAGCGCAUGGAAAGGCGGGUGCAGCUGGUGAAGAAGGACAGCGAGCGGGAGAAGCACCGCAUCUUCCAGGGCUUCGAGGUGGACGAGAAGCCAGAGGCAGAAGCGUGCGAGAAGCUGCCCCUGGAGUGUCCUCAGGAUCUGCUGGAGCCCCCCCAGACCCUUCAGCCCAAGCACUUCCCCUAUGGCCGCAAUGGGAAGGGGCAUAAAAGGAAGCCGACAUUUGGGAGCACAGAGAGGAAGACGCCCGUUAAAAAACUGGUGUCUGAGUUCUCCAAAGUGAAGAGUAAAACUCCAAAGCACUCCCCGGGGAAGGAGGAAUCGGGCGGCUCCUUGUCCGAAACUGUUUGUAAACGAGAACUGCGGAGCCAAGAGACUCCGGAAAAACCCAGGUCACUCUUGGAGACCCCUCUCCGAGCCUCGGCCCUGCCGAAGGGCCCCAGUGCCCACCCCAAGGAGAAGAGCUUCUUCAGCAGUGAGGCAGACGACCUGCCCUAUCUCUCCACCACGGAAAUGUACUUGUGCCGCUGGCACCAGCCACCGCCAUCGCCGCUGCCGUUGCGGGAGCCCUCCCCAAAGAAGGAGGAGACUGUGGCAAUUCCAUCUUGGAGGGACCAUGUUGUGGAGCCCCUGAGAGACCCCAACCCCUCAGACAUCCUGGAGAACCUGGAUGACAGCGUCUUUUCCAAGCGGCACGCAAAGCUGGAGCUGGAUGAGAAACGAAGGAAAAGGUGGGACAUCCAGCGGAUCAGGGAACAGAGAAUUCUACAGCGGCUGCAGCUCCGAAUGUACAAAAGGAAAGGGAUUCAGGAGUCAGAACCUGAAGUUACCUCAUUUUUCCCUGAGCCAGAUGAUGUGGAAAGCUUGCUCAUCACCCCAUACCUGCCUGUCGUCGCUUUUGGCCGGCCCUUACCAAAACUGACCCCACAGAACUUCGAGCUGCCCUGGCUUGAUGAGCGCAGUCGCUGCCGGCUGGAGGUGCAGAAGAAGCAGACGCCACACCGAACCUGUCGGAAAUAGCUCCGGACAUCACUGGGUCGCACCAUGGCCGCUGCCCUCUCCCGCCGCCUUGUUUGACGGAUGGUUUCGUUCCUCCGUGACCCCAGUUUUGUUCUCUUGGGAUUUGCAAACGUUCUUCGGACUCAUCUCCCCUGUGCCACAGCUGGACGAGGCUUCCCCUGCCCCGGCUGCUCCGGUCCCAGCAGCAGCAGACGGACCCUGGACCCAUCCUCGGUGCCCUCUGCAGCCCGUGUGCAGGAUACUUUGGACAUUCAGCAUGGAGCUGGUGCUGGGGAAGGCCGUGUCCUGCUGGGAAUUGCUGCCUUGUUAUGUUUAGUUAGGAAAUGGGAUGACCACCAGGGCAGGUGCAGUGCUGGGAAGCACCAGGAAGCCUCUUUGGGAUGUUUGUCCCCCUCUCAGUGGCUGUGACAGGGGAGGGGGGAGGGGGGAAGUUUAAAACAAAAAUUUUUUUUUUUUUUUUUUUUUUUUGGUGAAAUAGAGCUCCUGAACGCACAAUUUUGGGGUUUUUUAAUUUUGUUGGGAUUAUUUUUUGUUAAUAAUUUAAGCGUUUUGAGGUUGGUGAAGUUUUGCCCGAGGCGUUGGGGGGGGGUGUCGGGAGGGACGAGACGGGGACAUACCCCACACACCCCUCCCCCCCCCCCCCGUGGUGUCCCCGGCCAGGGGGAGGGAGCUCCGGGGGAUGCUCCGCGUCUCCCCGCGCCCGUGAGCAGCGGUUAAGCAGGAGAAGGGGCCGCGCCUUCGCCUCCCUUCGCCUGCGGUUCCCGGGCGGGGUGAGGUCACCCCUCCCGCAGCCCCCCGGGGCCGGUCUGGCCGCGCGGGGCGGUGCCCGGGGGGGGGGCGGGGCGGGGCUCGUUAACGGGGGGAGAAAACGGGAUUAAAAAUGGGUUUUGAAAAGGAAAUUCGCUGCAAACAGCCGCAGGUGGGGGCAGGCGCGUGCCCCCCGCCCGGCGGCCGCGGCUCCGGGGGGUCACGUGCUCUCUUUAUUUUUCAACUUUCGGGUUUUUUCGAUGUCUUUUUUUUUUUAUUUACAAUAAACAAAACCCGAGCCCGCCCU